AUGGGAGACGUUGCCGUGGAGAACCCGGCGAGCGCCCUCUCGUCUUACACGAAGGCAGCUCCCUUGGAUACUAUCCCGAACAUCGAUUCGCUUGAAGGCACAGGGGCCGAUGACGGCGAUGAAUACGCUACGUUGAAGAAACUGCAAAGGCAUCUGGAGUACAUUAAGCUCCAAGAGGAAUACAUCAAGGACGAGCAAAGGAGCUUGAAGAGGGAGCUUGUUCGUGCACAGGAGGAAAUCAAGCGGAUACAGAGCGUGCCUUUGGUGAUAGGCCAGUUUAUGGAAGCGAUCGAUCAGAACACCGGUAUUGUACAGUCGUCGACCGGGUCGAACUACGUUGUCCGCAUUCUCUCCACUCUUGAUCGCGAAAAGCUGAAGCCAUCGUCUUCCGUUGCGCUGCAUCGCCAUUCCAAUGCCCUCGUUGAUAUUCUACCUCCAGAGGCGGACUCUUCUAUUGCCAUGCUCGGCGAGAACGAGAAACCGGAUGUCACAUACGCGGAUGUUGGUGGUCUUGAUAUGCAGAAACAGGAAAUCAGAGAAGCCGUCGAGCUUCCUCUGACGCACUUCGACCUUUACAAGCAAAUCGGUGUGGAUCCACUUCUUUCUCGUAUCGAUCCUCCCCGCGGUGUUCUCUUAUACGGCCCUCCCGGUACCGGAAAAACUAUGCUAGUCAAGGCCGUUGCGAACAGUACGACGGCUAGCUUCAUUCGAGUGAACGGCUCUGAAUUUGUGCAGAAGUAUCUCGGAGAGGGACCUCGUAUGGUUCGCGAUGUCUUCCGGAUGGCGCGAGAGAACUCACCGGCUAUCAUUUUUAUUGAUGAAAUUGAUGCCAUUGCUACAAAGCGUUUCGAUGCACAGACCGGUGCUGACCGCGAAGUUCAGCGUAUUCUGCUGGAACUUUUGAACCAGAUGGAUGGUUUCGAGCAAACAAGCAACGUCAAAGUCAUCAUGGCCACCAACCGAGCAGAUACCCUGGACCCAGCGCUGCUUCGACCCGGUCGUCUGGACCGCAAGAUCGAAUUUCCUUCUCUCCGGGAUAGGAGGGAACGCCGCCUGAUUUUCUCCACCAUCGCUUCUAAGAUGUCCUUGUCUCCUGAGGUGGAUUUGGACUCGCUUAUUGUCCGAAAUGAGCCUUUGUCUGGUGCUGUUAUUGCAGCGAUCAUGCAAGAGGCAGGUCUUCGCGCCGUUCGCAAGAACCGAUACAACAUCAUCCAAUCAGACCUUGAAGAUGCCUACUCUGCUCAAGUCAAGACCGGACAGGAAGCCGACAGGCUUGAAUUCUACCGGUAG